AUGGCGAGGGUGGAAAUUGCUUUUGCUUUGAUGUCUGAAGAUAUAAAGAAAGAAGUCAAGAGAACUCAGGAUUUGGAGAAAAGUGUUAUAUCAAGAAAAAAUGACAUAAACUUAAAAGAAAUUAUAUUUGUCAUCCAGAGUCAAAGCAACUCUUUUCAUGCCAAGAGAGCAGAGCAAUUGAAAAAAAGAAUUUUAAAGCAGGCUGCAAAUCUUACCCAGGAACUCCCCAGAGUCCUCCUCCUUCAUCAGCUGGCUAAGCAGGAAGGUGCAUGGACCAUACUUCCACUGUUACCACACUUUUCUGUAACAUAUAGCAGAAAUUCAUCAUGGAUUUUCUUCUGUGAAGAAGAGACAAGAAUUCAGAUUCCAAAACUCUUAGAAACGCUCAGACGAUAUGACCCAUCUAAGGAAUGGUUUUUAGGAAAAGCAUUGCAUGAUGAAGAAUCUACAAUAAUUCACCAUUAUGCCUUUUCUGAAAAUCCUACAGUUUUUAAGUAUCCAGAUUUUGCUGCUGGCUGGGCCCUUAGUAUCCCACUUGUUAACAAGCUCUCCGAGAGGUUGAAGAGUGAAUCCUUGAAAUCCGACUUUACAAUAGACUUAAAACAUGAGAUUGCCCUCUACAUCUGGGACAAAGGUGGAGGACCCCCCCUUACCCCGGUGCCUGAGUUUUGUACAGAAAUUAUGGACUCCCACUGUGCUACCACAUUCCAUUCCUUUCUGCCCCUUUGUGGAAAACCAGUGAAGAAAGAAGAUAUUUUUGUUGCAGUAAAAACGUGCAAGAAAUUUCAUGGUGACAGAAUACCCAUUGUAAAGCAGACCUGGGAGGGACAGGCGAGUGUCGUGGAGUACUACAGUGACUAUGCAGAUAGUGCCAUCCCUACUGUGGAUUUGGGAAUUCCUAACACAGACAGAGGUCAUUGUGGAAAAACAUUUGCCAUUUUGGAAAGAUUUUUGAAUCACAGCCGGGACAAAGUGACAUGGCUAGUCAUUGUGGAUGACGAUACAUUAAUAAGCAUCUCCAGGCUCCAGCACUUGCUUAGCUGCUACGACUCCAGUGAACCAGUGUUUCUGGGAGAGCGCUACGGCUAUGGUCUGGGCACUGGCGGUUAUAGCUAUGUCACGGGAGGAGGAGGAAUGGUCUUCAGCAGAGAAGCCAUCAGGAGAAUUCUUGCCAGUAAGUGUCAAUGCUACAGCAACGAUGCACCUGACGACAUGGUCCUGGGCAUGUGCUUCAGUGGCUUGGGAAUCCCCGCGACACACAGUCCCCUCUUCCAUCAGGCCCGGCCGGUGGAUUACCCUAAGGACUACCUUUCUCAUCAAGUUCCCAUCUCGUUCCACAAACACUGGAACAUCGAUCCAGUGAAGGUGUAUUUCACGUGGUUGGCUCCCAAGGAGGAAGACAAAGCCACACAGCACACACAAGAAGGUGUUAGGGAAGAGUUGUAAGGCAUGGCGGCCCGUGGGCAGUUCAGGGACGGCGCUGUGGAACCUUGGCUUCGUCUCACCGUGCCGUCCGUGCUGUAGUGCUUGUGGGCUUCACAUGACACCAGGCACUUCCUGACUUCAAGGGGAAAUAAUGUAAAUGGCAUUUUUUGAUGUGGGAAGAAAAGGAGUCAUAGGGUAAAAUAAUUUUUUUUCCUGGGAAAAAUCCCUUGCUUUUGACUUACACAGUUAUUGUAAUACAGUGAUGACUGUGCAUUUUUCAAACUGAAUGAUACAGCAGCUUUAUUACUGUCACAGGAAAAUAAAUGGUACCAGAAAUCCCUUUCCUCUGCUCUCUCUUCAUUAUGCUGAAUGUCAUUUGACAUAAACUAGAGAUGCAACUGUUGUCCCUAGGUAAAGAAGAGCGAAUGUCUCUUGUCAUGGAUUUUGGCAAGGCAUGAACUUUUAAACCAUAUUAUCGAUGAUGAAAUUUGGUUUCUGGGAACUCUGUAGGAAGGAUAUUGUAUUGAGAGCCAUUUGUAAAACACCAUAAAAGUCUCACUGAAAUCCCCUGUAGUCUACAUAGUCACGAGUGUCACAUUUUAUCUGUUCUUUUGUUGUUUGUGCCUCCUACAAAGAGAACAGGAGGUCGUCUCCUGGUGCUUCCUAUUUGCUGAGAAGCUCUUUGGGUGCCAUUUCUCCCUGAAGCCCCACUUUAUGGCUGCUGGGCAAGGAAGGGUACUGGGUACUGCCAGGAAGCAGUGUUCUCAGUCUUGAUAAACAAUGUUGGUAUGGUUGCUGGACUGAGCAAGCUCCAUGCAAGUCUCAGGCAGUGAGUUGUAUUUGAACAUGGUGUUUUACUUUUGUCUCUCUUUCAAUGUUACUAAUGACUCUUCUGGCUCAGAACAGACACCCCCAACCCCAGUGAUGAAACCCUUAUAGAAGCACAGCGUGAUGAUCUUACAGUUCCUCUGGCUUUUUAAAGAAUGACACUUGAACACAGCAUCCUGCAACAGCCCUAAUUUUCAGAUCAUGUCUUUAAUAUAUAGUCCUUGAACACGUUCAGUAUGAAUGUAUAAAAAUGACUCUAUACUUUAAUGUUUUCAUUUUAUAAUUCAGUUUUAUAAAGGUAUUUACAUAAGAUUUGAUUUUAAUAGGUUGUAAAUUAAUUUUAGUAGAGUAAAACAUUUUCUUCUUUGCUUUUUUAAAAAUAAGAACAGCUUUCUAUUCAUUAACUUUGCUUAUAAUGCUUUUUGUAGCCAAGCACAGGGUAUUAAGCCAUACCACCCAAAGUAUGUUAUGUAGUAUGUUGUUUUUAACAGUCUGUUUUCCAUGUAGCUGAGACCUGACUUGUACAAAGUGAUGCAAUAAUACUUUUCCAUGUUAUCAAGUACCAGGAUGAGUGUGUUUCGGUCCCGGCACCAUACGUGACAUUACAGUCUUAUAACAGAAUGCACUGGAUUCAGUUUAUGAAAAUGGAUUGUGAGACUCAUCUGAGGAGGGGGCCAAGGGCAGUUAGCUAGAUGAGAAACACCAGAACGAUUUCUAAACCCCACGAACCUGCUGUGAUGGUGUCAGCACCAUUGUCAUCAUAGCUGGGAUGCUUAUUGUUGGUGCCGUUGUAAUCAUCUUCCCGUCCUCUGCUCCCAGAGGGCCCCGGCGCAUACACCCGUAGAGGAGGCUUCAGUUCUUCCCAGGCCUGCUGCUGAUGGUUCCCACCCAGAGACGUUUCAUCUGAUGGGACUGAACCCAGCGUGUCAAGCUUUCUUCUGCGUAAUGAUGAGUGCCUUCUAUUACUGCAAGAGCUCAUCUUCUGGUACCUCUUGGUGUUUUGUUAAUUAUGUGUACCUGUUGUUGGAACUAUGUAAUUCUAACCACAAAUAAAACAUCUUUUCCUAA